GCGAUAUUCCUAGACUCUAAGUAGCCCCUCAAGAUGUCGGCUCUGUUAAAAUUGGCCAGAGUUCAUAAACUCAUAACACCUACCUCAAUUCGCAGCAUUUCCGAUGCCGUGAAAUAUCCCAAAAUCACCACUCACUACACUGUUUGUCCCAGAGACAAGGAUGAACGUUGGAAGGAUGUCGAUAUGGAACGUUAUGUCGAUGAAGUCGACAUUGUCAUAGUCGGUGGUGGUCCAGCCGGUAUGUCAGCGGCUAUUCGUGCCAAACAAUUGGCUGCCGAACAGGAAAAGGAAAUUCGUGUCUGUGUUGUGGAGAAAUCCGCUGAAGUUGGUGGUCACAUUCUGUCGGGUGCUGUUAUGGAUCCCGUUUCAUUGAAUGAACUUUUCCCCGAUUGGAAAGAAAUGGGUGCUCCAUUGAACACUCCAGUUAGCACUGAUAAAUUCUCCUUCCUCACCGAAACUGGCCGUUUCUCUAUUCCAAUUUUCAAGGGAUGGCCCAUGGAUAAUCAUGGCAAUUAUGUUGUACGUUUGGGACAUUUAGUCAAGUGGUUGGGUGAACAAGCUGAAGCUUUGGGUGUUGAAAUCUAUCCUGGAUGUGCCGCCUCCGAAGUAUUGUUCCAUGAAGAUGGCAGUGUUAAGGGUGUUGCCACCAAUGAUGUUGGUAUUGCCAAGGAUGGUUCACCAAAGGAUACCUUUGCUCGUGGUAUGGAAUUGCAUGCUAAGACUACCAUUUUUGCCGAAGGUUGUCGUGGUCAUUUGAGCAAACAAUUGAUGCAACAAUUCAAACUCAAUGAGGGUAGUCAGCCGCAGACCUAUGGUAUUGGUUUGAAGGAAAUCUGGGAAAUUCAACCGGAGAAGCAUCAACCCGGUUUGGUUGAACACACCAUUGGCUGGCCCUUGGAUAAAUUCACCUAUGGCGGUUCCUUCUUGUAUCAUUUGAAUGAACCAACACCCACAAUUGCUGUAGGCUUUGUGGUAGGUUUAGAUUAUCAAAAUCCCUGGAUUAGUCCCUUCCAGGAAUUCCAACGUUUCAAGACCCAUCCUAAAGUGAGAAGUGUCUUUGAGGGUGCCACUCGCAUCGCUUAUGGUGCUCGUGCCAUCAAUGAAGGUGGCAUUCAGAGUAUACCCAGUAAAUUAACAUUCCCCGGUGGUUGCUUGAUCGGUUGCAGUGCCGGUUUCCUUAAUGUGCCAAAGAUUAAGGGUUCCCAUUAUGCCAUGAAGAGUGGUAUGUUGGCUGCCGAAAGUGCCUUUGAAUCCAUUAUGGGUGAAUCUCAAGAAACUGCUGGUUUUACACCAAAAUCGUAUCCUGAAAAGAUCAAAAACUCCUUCAUUUGGAGCGAUUUGAACAAAGUCCGUAAUGUCCGCCCCUCCUUCCACAACCCCUUGGGCUUGUAUGGUGGCCUUGUGCUUAGCGGUUUCUCCAUCUUCAUGGGUGGCCGUGAACCAUGGACCUUGAAACAUGCUGGCCCUGACAAUGAAUCCUUGAAACCUGCCACACAAUGUAAACAAAUUGUCUAUCCCAAACCUGAUGGUAAAAUCUCCUUCGAUCUUUUAUCUUCGGUGGCAUUGACCGGUACCAAUCAUGAAGGCGACCAACCUGCCCAUUUAACAUUGAAAGAUGACCGUGUACCUGUCGAUCAUAACUUGGCCGUCUACGAGGGACCCGAACAACGUUUCUGCCCAGCCGGUGUUUACGAAUAUGUACCCAACGAAGAGGGUGGUAAUAUGAAGUUGCAAAUUAAUGCCCAAAAUUGCAUUCACUGCAAGACCUGUGAUAUUAAAGAUCCUAAGCAAAAUAUUAACUGGGUUGUCCCAGAGGGUGGCGGUGGCCCAGCUUACAAUGGCAUGUAAAGCGUUU